CCACCCCCUAGCAGAGAUGCGCCGCACGGACCCGACAUUCUUCCACUUUCUGCACUUGUGACACACUUUUGUCGUCUUCAUUCCCCGCUUCCAUGUUCCAGGACGAGCAGAGAAACAUGGCCAAACAACCGGUGGGCCACAUCCCCACGCAGCAGCCGGACGGAACUGCGGGAUUAACAGGAAACAAACCCGAAAUCAACCCGCCUCAGCCCGCCACUCCUCAGCACAACCACCCGGCGCCUAACCCAUGCAACGAAAACCAAAGUUUUUGUCCCCUGGAAAAUGUACCAACGGGAGCACCGGACGCCAAUAAAGCAUACGGGACGUUCACAAACAACCCACCAGUCGUCCCGGCGAUGAUGACGGCUAAUUCGGCCUUUGGGAAGGAGCCGUCAGUUUUGCACGGGGAGCAGAACAACACCGCUUCCAAUUGGACCCCUAUGAGCCAGACCACCGUGGUGAUGGGCGUAGAUGGCAACAUGUCAGUUCAAGCAGGCUCCCUGACGCGAGCUGAAUGCGAUGAUGAUGAGGAAGGGGACGAGAACAAGGCCAGGGGAAACUGGUCCAAUAAACUGGAUUUUAUUCUCUCCAUGGUUGGCUAUGCAGUGGGACUGGGAAACGUGUGGAGGUUUCCAUAUCUUGCUUUCCAGAACGGUGGAGGUGCAUUUUUGAUCCCUUACCUGACAAUGUUGGGGAUCGCCGGCAUCCCCAUCUUUUUGCUGGAAGUGUCCCUGGGCCAGUUUGCCAGCCAGGGCCCCGUGUCGGUGUGGAAGUGCAUCCCGGCACUACAAGGUUGCGGGAUUGCCAUGUUGAUAAUAUCUGUCUUGAUAGCCAUAUACUAUAAUAUUAUUAUGUGCUGGACACUGUACUACCUGUUCGCUUCGUUGAAGGGCUCACUGCCAUGGGCUAACUGUAGGAAUGCGUGGAACACGGUGGAUUGUAAGGACAAAGACAUGCUGCUAUUAGACUCGUGCAUCUUGCGGGACAAAAACUUCACCACAAUCAAGAACUCUUCCUUUUGUCUGUCUGCCAACACUGUUGGAAAUUUGAGCAAGUUAUUAAACAUGGCCGUGGAAGGUGGAAAGACAUAUGUCAGCCCGAGUGAGGAGUACUUCAAGUACAACGUGCUGCACAUCUCCAAAGGAAUCGAAUACCCGGGAGACAUCCGCUGGCCUCUGGCAGGCUGUCUGUUUCUGGCCUGGAUUAUUGUCUACGCCUCUUUGGCCAAGGGAAUCAAAUCAUCAGGGAAGGUGGUGUAUUUCACAGCCACUUUUCCUUACGUGGUACUUGUGAUCCUGCUAAUCCGAGGCGUGACCCUCCCGGGGGCCUUCGACGGCAUCCUCUACUUCAUCACACCAAAGUGGGAGAAACUCAUGGAUGGAAAGGUGUGGAAAGAUGCAGCCACUCAGAUCUUUUUCUCACUGUCUGCCGCUUGGGGAGGCCUGAUCACGCUUUCCUCCUACAAUAAAUUCCACAAUAACUGCUACAGGGAUACGGUAAUAGUGACAUGUACAAACAGUGCCACCAGCAUAUUUGCUGGCUUUGUCAUCUUUUCUGUCAUUGGUUUCAUGGCACAUGAGUUGGACGUGCCAAUUGAUAAAGUAGCAGAUGAAGGUCCAGGUAUAGCGUUCGUGGUGUACCCAGAAGCUCUGACCAGACUUCCCCUGUCUCCAUUCUGGGCCAUCAUCUUCUUUCUCAUGCUCCUGACUCUCGGCCUGGAUACUAUGUUCGCAACCAUUGAGACCAUCGUGACCUCCGUUUCGGACGAGUUCCCCAAGUACUUGAGGAAGCACAAACCGAUCUUCACCCUGGUUUGCUGCCUCGCCUUUUUCAUCUUGGGAUUUCCCAUGAUCACUGAGAAUGGCAUGUACAUGCUGCAGUUGGUGGACACGUAUGCAGCCUCCUACUCCUUGGUUAUUAUCGCCAUCUUUGAGCUUGUGGGGAUUUCCUAUCUCUAUGGGCUUCAAAGGUUUUGCGAGGAUAUUGAAAUGAUGAUUGGUUUUCAGCCCAAUCGCUUCUGGAGACUAUGCUGGGCCUUUGUGACACCAACCAUUCUGACGGGCAUCUUGAUUCUGAGUCUUUCUCAGUGGAGCGUUAUGACAUACGAGGACUACACCUACCCCACCUGGUCUAUGGUGAUGGGCUGGCUAAUGGUUAUCUGUUCCGUCAUCUGGAUCCCCAUCAUGUUUGUCAUCAAGAUGUACCUCGCUCCCGGCACCUUAAUUGAGCGUCUCAAGCUGGUUUGCUCCCCUCAACCCGACUGGGGUCCUUUCCUGAUGAAGCAUCGUGGGGAACGCUACAAGAACAUGAUGGACCCGCUGGGGACCAACUCUCUCGGCCUCAAGCUGCCCCCUACGGACUUCCAGCUCAGUUCUUUCUAGUAACAGCAGCCCCCGAAGAGCUCUAACCUUGGGCGGGGGUGUGUGUCAGAAGCAGCCCCCCCCUUCACUCCCCCCACUAUAGUGUUUCACCGCCCUCUCCCAUUGUCUUCCUCAUGUUCCUCCUCCUCUCCCCUACUCACUCUUCUCUCAGGGAGGAGGGCCUCCCAGGUGGAAUCAUCUCCACCACCACCACUGCUGCUGCUUUGUGCUCAGCCGAAAGUCUAUCAUUGCCUCCCACUCAUGAUGACUGGCAAUUUCACCGCAACCUUCCAAAGUGGGAGACUUUGUGACCUAUCGUCAUGAAUGGCCAGAGCUGCAAUCUGCAAUACUUUCGCUGCUCCCAAUGGAGUCAUGUGUCUAUGUGGCCAUAUAUAUAUGUGUGUGUGUGUACUUACAACCAUAUCUAUGUGCAAAAAAAAAAAAAGUCUCAGCACAAGCAGAGACAGGAAAACUCGUGACAGAUGGUGAGAAAAUGUGUUCCUUUGAAUAUAGUGGCAGUACAAUGAUCAUGGCUGCUCCUCAGUAUUUACAAAAGCAACAGUACAUUGUCCUUUAGUUGGACUUUCUACUUCCUUGUACUGUUUGGCAUCAUAGAAAGUGGAGAAUAGAAAAUCAGGAAUUUGUGCCUCCUUGGUCCGUGUUAAGCCGUCAAUGCAUUUCAUUUGAUACACUUUGGCCUCGGAUGACUCCGCUGUCUUAUAGAUGCUUGCUUGGGGUGAUAUUUGUCCGUGACCCCCCAGGGACUCUUUGUGAGGGUCUCUCCCCUCCCCCCCCCCCCCCCCAACUACACCAUACUGUAUUUAUCUUAACCCUGUAUAUGUAAAUCAUGUCAAUCUGCCCUUUAGUUCACGAUGAAGAAGCCAUUUAACCUUUUCGAAGCGCUAAAACUCAGCCUGAUAGUCACUCCGUGCAUCUAUUUAGUGUAUUCAUCGCAGUAGCCUCUUGUAUGUGUUGUGUAUUUAUUAGCCAUUUGUGAAAACAUCACAGUGUGCGUUUCAAUAGGCUCACCCACAAAAAUAAGGAGAUCUACAGAUUUACAUACGUAUUUAAAAAUGUGCAUAUACCUGACUAUAAAUCUGUAGCUUUGGGCGGAGGAGAGAGAGGAGGACAGAUCGAAUGCGUGCGUGUUGUUUUUGUAUCGUGUCGGUUUUGUGUAUACGUGUGUGUGGUCACGCCCCACAACGCUUGGCGCAGAUGUUUGAUGUGGCAAGGCGAGAAAACAGAAAUAGGCUUCUUUCUCACUUCUUGGACGUGUUUAUACGAGAUAGCUCCGGAGACCUCUUUGCCAUUUCGGAAGAAUGCUUCUUGCUUCUCUGUAUGUCCGCUUGAAAACAGGGUUUCAGGUAUCCACAAUUCCGUCAAAUGAAUGAUGUGGAAAACUGUAUUGUUAUGCUCUGCGGAAAAACACUCUCACGGGAGUGCUUUCUGAAUAGUUCCACAGAGAUAAAGCAAAGAAACACUAUUCAAAUGUAAAACUCCGGCCUGAUUGCCAAACGUGUUUUGGCUACUGGCAAGUGCAGUAAAUUAUAAGCUAUAAUGUCUUGAUGUAAAUGUACCAUAUAAUAUACAAUGUAGCUCGCUUUGUAGUCUCUUUAAAAGCAACAUGAUGGUUCCAAAUGGUGGGCUGCGAACCACCCCGUGGGGCUCCAGCAUUUGAGAGGCGGCACGUUUAAUUGCGUUGAGUUCUCGGAUGGUUUCCGCAAUAACAGUUGCUCAGAGAUGGAAAAAAAAAAAUUGGAUUCUCAAAGCCAUGCCUAACUUAUAUGAACUUAGAAUACAUUCUAGUGAGAUUGUAAAAAAUUGUUGCUUUUAUUGAGCGCUUGUGUAUUUCGCUUGAGUCCUCCCGUAACGUUCCUCAGUGGGCUCGAUUGCCUUUUAGUUAGUUGAAUUUAUCAAUCAGAUGUUUGUAGGGCAGUAGGCGAGGAAAAUAUGUGCAGGUCUCCCACUCCCCUUUCCAAAAUGCUCUAAACUAGAGUUUAAAAAUGAUGAUGGGGAUGUAAAAAAAAAAAAAAAGUGGUCUGCCCUGAACUGUAUUAUAAUGGGUUAUAGGGCAACAGUAAUAUCUCAACUUUUAUUUUGAGGGGGAGGAAAAAAAGGCGCUAAAUCCAUAUAGCUUCAUGAAAUAAGCUUGCAUGUGCACUUUGUGUUGCUCAACUCAAUGUCCAUAUAUUGUGACGCACUCAAUACGUGUAUGUCAAUGCAUGAUAAGUGAGCUUUCUGUUCACGUGAGACAGAACUUAUCAGAGGAUGAAGUAACAAAACGUAUUCAUUCAUGACUUGAAUAACUUUGCCUGCAAGUCAACCAAAGGGUAAAAAAAAAAAAAAAGGAUUAUGAGAUUUGUGUGUAGAAGGUUUAGCUACUGCCAUCCAUGUUCCAUGCAGUAUAUCUUGGUGUUUGCCAAUACGUUACAAAACAUCUUCAGGUAACCAUUGGCCUUAUAGAUGUCUUGGACUAGUACAGUGUAAUGUGAUAACCACAGAAAAGCUCAUUGUCUGUCUCAUAUGGUAUUGUUAUUAUGUCUAUGUGUCAGUUUGGCACGCUACUGUGUGACCUAUGACGACAUAGGAUCAAUUUCUAAUUACUUGAGUAAUGUCAUACAUUUUUGUGUGAUCUCUUGUGAGGCACAGCUGCCUAUGGAUAUAGAUAUGUGCCUCCAACAUGACGUCAUUUGAUUUAGAAAUAGAGUAGAUAUAUAUAGAUAUAUAUAAAUAUAUAUGUUUUAGAAUUGGUGUAAGAUAUAAAAAGAAUAUAAUAUAAAAUAUAUAUAUAUGUGAAAUGCAUUUAUUUUCCACUUGUCAUCAAUCUUUGAGGCCCUACCUCCAAUUUUGUAUUUAUGUAUAAAAAUGCAAUUGAAUAAUAGUAUCUUUGCCAAUAAUAUAUAUCGCUAUUAUAACAUG